CAGCGGCAACAGUGUGGUGCUCUGCGUCUCCAGCUCUGCCUGGCAGACAAACCUCAACCUCUCCGAACAUCUGCAAGACAAAUUUUUCAUGUUCUUCUGUCAGUGAAUGCUGCCUAACUGCACCAGGAAAAUGGGCACAGGGGAUUAUCUCUGCAUUGCUAUGAGUGGAGGGGCGCCUUGGGGCUUUAGAUUGCAAGGUGGCAAGGAGCAAAAGCAGCCUUUGCAAAUCGCCAAGGUUCGCAGCAAGAGCAAAGCAGCUAAGGCUGGACUGUGUGAGGGAGAUGAGGUGGUAUCUAUCAAUGGCCAGCCUUGUGGAGACUUAACCUAUGCUGAAGUCAUUGUUCUGAUGGAAAGCCUGACUGACGUCCUGCAGAUGCUUAUCAAGAGAUCCUCCAGUGGAACAAAUGAAACCUUGAGUGCUGAAAGAGAAAAUGGAAAGCAUGAUAACAUGAAAAAUGAGGACUAUAGGGAGAGCACUACACUGCAAAAUAACACAGCAAAGGAGAUACCCCAUGGAGAUCUAUGCAUCACAGAGAUAUACUGCGAGACUCAGCAGGGAGAAGGAGAAAGCAACACACACUUUUCUGAAAUUAAACAAGAGACCACACAAAGCCACAGAAUUACUCCUAAAGUGAUAGGCACCUCCAAAGUGCUUGUAACAGAUGAGGCUGCUUUCAGAGGGAAUACAGAAGAAAAAAGGCCAAGCACUAUGGUUGAGCUGCAGUUGUCCCUCUCAAAUGACAGGCACAAGGGCACCAAUGCUCCUGCUGUGACUCUCUUGGGGGCAGAAAAAUGCAGCCCUGCAGGAAGAGGACCCAGUGCACAACAAGAUGGGACUAGCCCUGUAAUGGCAAUUCCCCUGGGUGUGAAAGAGGGCAACAUCCAGUGGUCAAGCAAAGUAGUCCAGUUUUCCAGUAGCAAAGAGGUCAAGAGGAUCCAAGGUGCAGUUCCAUCUCUCCCCAGGGUGGAGGUGAUCCUGGACUGUUUGGACAGGGAGAAGGAAGCAGCCAGGUCUGUAGCUGAAAGGGGGUGUGUUGAUUCUCAAGUGGAAGGAGGGCAGUCCGAAGCACCUCCUUCCCUUCUCUCCUUUGCAAUCUCAUCAGAAGGCACAGAGCAGGGAGAAGACAACCAGCACUUGGAAAGGGAUCACAGACCUCUCAAGCACAGGGCGAGGCACGCAAGGCUCCGGCGAAGUGAGAGUCUGUCAGAGAAGCAGGUCAAAGAAGCCAAAUCUAAAUGUAAAAGUAUUGCAUUGCUGCUGACAGCAGCCCCCAAUCCCAAUUCCAAGGGGGUGUUGAUGUUCAAGAAGCGUCGUCAAAGGGCAAGGAAAUAUACUUUAGUCAGCUACGGUACCGGGGAGUUAGAACGUGACGAAGACGAGGGUGAAGAAGGUGAAGGUGAAGGUGAAGAGGGUGACAAAGAAAACACUUUUGAAGUGAGUUUGCUUGCAACAAGUGAGUCAGAAAUAGAUGAAGAUUUCUUCUCUGACAUUGACGACAGCAAGAUUCUGACGUUUGACUGGGACAGUGGUCUACUUGAGGUUGAAAAGAAGACAAAAGGUGGAGACGAGAUGCAGACGCUUCCAGAGAGCACAGGUAAAGGGGCCCUCAUGUUUGCCAAGAGACGGCAGAGGAUGGAUCAGAUUACAGCUGAGCAAGAGGAGCUGAAGGCACGCACAAUGCAUACAGAGGAACAAAGGGAAGCCACCAUGUCAGAGAACUUCCAGAGAGUAAGCUCUUCAGCCUAUCAAACAAAAGAAGAAGAAAUAUCAAGACAGCAGACCUGCAUGAGCAAAAGCUACACAGACAUGAGCCAGAAUCAUAGCAAAAUUGUACAGCAAAAUGGCUUUGGCUUAGCACCACACACAAACCUCUCUUUUCAGUCCUCUGAAUCUCAAAAAGCAGCGUCUUUGAAUAAAACAGCUAAGCCCUUCCCUUCUGGAGUUCAAAACAGAGCAGCUGCACCAUUUUCACCCACAAGAAAUGUCACCAGUCCUCUUUCGGAUAUACCAGGACCACCUCCUUACUGCUCUAUUAGCCCACCACCUGAGGCUUUCUACAGACCUGUUUCAGCUCCUGUAGCCAGCAGACAUGCCCCAACGGUGUGGUCACCUGCCGAGCCAACAGAACACAUAGCAUCCAGAGAUGAAAGGAUUGCAGUGCCAGCCAAAAGAACUGGGAUACUGCAAGAGGCAAAGAGAAGAAGCACUUCAAAACCUAUGUUCAAUUUCAAAGAAACACCCAAAGUAAGUCCUAACCCUGCCCUGUUGUCCCUUGUGCACAAUGCAGAGGGCAAAAAAGGUACUGGAGCUGGUUUUGAGUCAGGACCUGAAGAAGACUACCUCAGUUUGGGAGCAGAAGCUUGCAAUUUCAUGCAGACUCAAGCAUCUAAACAAAAGGCCCCUCCACCUGUUGCUCCAAAGCCUUCACUCAAGGUCUCUCCUCCUGCUGGUACCCCAGUUUCACCAGUUUGGUCACCUCCAGCUGUGGCUUCUAACAAGGCUCCUUCCUUCCCAGCACCAGCCUCACCUCAGGCAGCAUAUCCUGCACCACUCAAAUCUCCACAGUAUCCGCAUUCUCCUGUCCAUCCCCCAAGUACUCUUAACCUAGCUGGUCCUUUCAAAGGGCCUCAAGCAACCCUAGCAAGUCCAAACCAUACACCCAAGACACCAGUCACACCAAGUGCCGGAGGAACAAAGUCAACCUUUGAGAUGCCACCAGAGAUGCGUGGAAAAGGAGCACAGUUAUUUGCCAGAAGGCACUCUCGAAUGGAGAAGUAUGUGGUAGAUUCAGAGACUGUGCAGGCAAACAUGGCACGAGCCUCAUCUCCAACUCCAUCAUUACCAGCUUCUUGGAAAUAUUCAUCUAAUGUCCGGGCACCCCCACCUGUUGCCUAUAAUCCCAUCCACUGCCCAUCUUUUCCUUCUGCUGCUACCAAGCCUUCCUCUAUGUCCACUGCUGCUACCAAAAAUACAAAAAGAAAACCCAAGAAAGGUCUCAAUGCUUUGGAUAUCAUGAAACAUAAACCCUAUCAACUUGAUGCAUCUUUAUUCACUUUUCAACCUCCUAGUCCUAAGGAAAGCCUAGCUAUUAAGCAGACCUUGAAGUCGCCCACUUCAAAGCAAGUUCUACCUUUCAGACCGCCUAGUGCUGGCUCUCCUCCUAACGCCCGGGCAUCUUCUGUGUACUCUGUGCCAGCCUACACUUCACAACCUUCGUUCCAGUCAAAUGCCUCUACCCCUGUAAAUGAAUCCUAUUCACCUACAGGUUACUCUGCCUUUUCUAAGCCAGAAAACACCAAAUCCUCUUCGUUUAUUGCUCCAAGGCCAAAAUUUUCAGCAAAGAAAGCUGGCGUCACUGCACAGGAUCCUUUUCCAGAUUCCAUAGCUUUAAGAAUAAAAAAUGAUUGGUUUUAAAAAGAUCCACUCUUCCAGUCUUGCCUUUUAAAAAAAACCAUGAUACAACUUUCUUUGCCUGAAGUCAAACAUCCAGGAGUCCAAUGAUCGCUUUGGCAGUUCAGCAUGGCAAGUGCAAACCUUAAUUACACAGCUUGGCACAAUGUUAUUUUAUAAUCAGUCUACUCAGCUUGAAUUAGAAACGUUACACAAAGAAGAAACUUGUCAAGAUCUUCAAAAACCCAUGGAUUCAGAAGUUCUGAAUUUACUUCCUGAUGGUAGAUUUCUUGGGAAAAUAUGUGAGCCUUAUGAUUUCAUAGCACACUUGGUGCCACCAUGACAACGACUGUUCUUACUUUAUAGUAAACAUUACCUUUGUACAUGGUUACACAAGGGAGGAGUUGGAACCACUCGAGAGCUAUGUUUGGCAAGUGCUUUUCAGGAAGCAUUCUAGGUUUUUUAUCAAAUGAUUUAAAAAGUAGGAAAAAUCCUGAAGCUCAGUGAAAUUCUGUGUUGGAAGGAUCUCUACAGAAGCAGACUUGAACUCUUCCUCUACAAGCUAAGACUAACCAUAUGAUGAUAUUUCCAUGGUUUUAACAUUUGCUUCCUUGAGUAAGGCAGGAAAAGACUUUUUUCUUGAUAUAGCAUGCUAAUCAAGUCUCCUGUUAUCCUCUGCAGUUUUCAGAGGAAAAAAUCUAUUCUUGUUUGUACUGGCCUUGGCAAACUGUUUUUAACUACAGUGCAUAUGAAACCUGCACAAAGUAAUGUGUUAGAAUGUUAUAAUAACUGCACGUUCCUUUGGGCUGAGGAAACAGCUAUGAGAAAAAUAUCUUACAGAACCAUGCUUACAGAUUGACUUUCUGGAUGAACGCUUCCUGUGUGGGGUAAUUGAUAUCACAAUACUAAGUGUUUUCAGACAAGGAACCUUGAUUGUUUUGUAUGGUUUGAGACAGAGUUGUUACAACAGAGAGUUCCCCUCAGAACUCCAGGCAAUCGAAGGAUAAACUGCUAUGAAAGUAACCAAGUCAUUGCUAAAUACAUGUAAAGGCUCAACUGUUGAACAGAUAGAGUAAUUCUCUUGACAUUUCCAUCUAUACCUGAAAUAAUAGAUUUUAACUGGUUUAAGAAAAGAGCAACAAACAGAAGGAAAGGAAGAACAUUAUAGAAAUAAAAUCCAAAUCACCAUAUGCAUGUUAGAUUACAAAGGGUCACAUGGAACAUAACAGUCAUUGAUUUCAGUAUGAGCUUUAAUUGCUUGGAAAGAAUUCAGUAUACCUAUAUCAGAAGCAAAAGUCUUCAUGCAGUAAUAGUCUAUGAAUGAAUAUUUUCAGUUUUUAAAGAAAUUUUUUUGGGGAAAAAAAAACCUUUAUUUUUUUUUCCAAAAAAUGUCAAUAGGUGCUACUGAUUUUUCUUUGAUUUGUGAGAAUGUUACUUUGUACAGUCUCGUUGUGCAGGUUGUUGUUCGUACACAACUUCAUUACUGUGAACAAAAGCAAAGCAGGGUCAUCUGGGUACACUUCAUUUUCUUUCUACAGUCUUGAUAACUUUCCCAGUCAGAGAUAGGACGAGAAGAAAACCUCAAAAUCUGCUUGCAGUUUAGUUUUCUUCAGCUAAUUAUAUAGCUUUAGAUAUGUACAAACAUAUCUGCUAGUCCUACCCAUGCUACUUGAAUAUCUUUUAGGUACUGAAGUGGGCUGUAAAUUUUUUCAGAUACCUUGCUGCUUGUUUGGCUGAUGUCAGAAAGUGCAGAGGUGUGACAAAUGAGAAAGAAAAUGGUGAUGAUGGUGUUCCAUUAAAAAAAAAGAUUUCACAAAAUGAGAGGCAGCAACAGAACUUCUUAUGGGGAUGUAAAUCUGCACCUGCUCUGUACUCUGUUGCACAGCUGUGAUCAUUUCAGAUGUAUAACUUCUCUCAUCCUAAGAUUACUUUCAGCCAUGCAUUUUGGUAGAGAAACUUGACACACUUAGUACUUCUACAGGAACAGUACUGAAGUAAGCACCUGAGCUUAUGUAUAUGUAAUUAUGAAAAAAAAACCACCAAACAAUAUUAAACACUACUGCUUAGAUUGCAAAAUGAGGCACUUGGAAUGAAUGUUGUCUGUAUCACCUUAAUCCAACUCUCUAGUGCAUGUGUGUGAUAAAAACAUCUGUGAUCACGUCGCCAUGUGCUAUUUUGUUCUGUAGGAUUCCUGACUCAAUUCAGGGCACAGAAUGGUACCGCUCAUCUGACAAACAGCUCCUUCACUGUGUUGUUUUGACAUUAUCCUGUGCUUAGCAGCAUUCUUGACUUAAUGUACACUCUUCAAAGUGUGCUCUUCAGGCAGAACUAUUUCCUCAUAGUUUUUUUGUUAGUGUCCAAGUCAUUCAGAAGCUAUAGUUCAUUUUCACACCACCACAUUUUACAAAUGACAAGACACCUAGUAUUUUCAGAGUCCGGUAGCAUGGGAACUAGUUACCAUAUGAAAGUAUGUGAUCCUUAACAUAAGUCUGUGAUGGUUAACAGAUCACAGGACUCCAGUGGAAGCCCAGAAAGGGAAUCCUCAGUGACGAGCUGUGAAAUCCAACCAACGAAAACACUUUUUGCACAAUAUACUCCUUUGCUAUAGAAUCUUAGUAUUUUCUAAAUGAAGCCCUGAAACAGCACUGGAUGGGGCAGAGGUCCUGAAAUUUAACCAAAAUGCGUAUGUACUGGGCAAUGAUCCUUGCAUUUCAUUGCUUUUGAAUACUUGACCUUCCAACUUCAGACCCAAGGGUUUUCUAAGAACAACAAACCAAAUUCUGGAAUACUAUCAUAAAGCAUACUGUAACCAACAGGGUCCUCCAGCAUGGCCUGAACCACCAUCGCCAACUGCCACCAUGCUGCUACAGUGACUGGCAGCAAACACAUGCUGACAUCAUCUCUGUCAAUCAGCACUGGGAAGAUAAGACUGGUUUCUUUCACGGUCUUUUCUGACAGCAGAGAGACUGAGGAAGGACCAACUCAAUUUCUCUGGGGAAUAAUUCUGUGGAACUCUGGAGAAAAGUAUACAGUAGUGGGUACAGGUUAUUUUCUCCAAAUAUACCUUCCUUGCCUCAUUUCUUAAUCUUUCUCUUUUCCUGGUCUCCUUAUAGUAGCUUCAUUGCAAGCUACAUAGGUCAAUUUUCCAUUCCUUAGGUUUCUCAUCUAAACUCAGGUACCUUGGCCAUCAGGUUCUAGUCUCAACACUCUCCAAGCCAGUACUGAAAACAAGUUUUUCUUUCUGUAUCAAGUAUUACCAACUCCUCGUUUUGCUUUGUCCAGUCACAGAAUUUUCUGUCCUUCCCUUGUGUGUUCCUUCCACCCUGUUGAAAGUCAGCUUCUUGCCCCCUCCCAUACUCAGAUCAGAUGUUGUCUCCUUCAAGGCUGCUUGGGCCCAGACAGGAGGUUGUGGGCUCUGUCAAGGGGCAGCUGUGCUCUGCAGUCCAUCUCAGGGCUCAUCAGUGAGUGUGCAGGCUCAGGUCCAGAGCCGAUGGUGGGCAGAGGUGUGGGUAUGCACUAUAUGCUGCAUGCACGAAUUGUUUGGUGUGAAAAUCCAGCUGUGCAGCCAGCACAGGAGUUGUGGAACACCCAGUGACUUCUCCAGCCUGUGAGGUUCCACAUAGCCUGCAGUUUAGACAGACAGAGAAAGCACAAGAACAGUCUUCUCAUUCUCCUAUGUGGUGUCCAAAGACAUCACAGCCUACAGGAGCUUAGACCUGUGAUAACGAAUAAAGUCCUGCUGCCUAACAGAAUAUUAAUGCUGCUAAUAGAGCUCUCAGGAGCUAGCUCUGCAAAGCAAGGUGUUCUUAAAGAGCCUAUCUAAGCUUCUCAACUUGAAUACACAUAGGAAGGUUUGCAUGGAAAUAUGAGACACAUCAGAUACAACGAUUAGUAUCAAACCAGUUCUAAAGCAUGUAGUGGUACCACUUUUCAAGGAAAAGGAUGCUAGAAUUUUUUUAAUUGACAUGUAUUUUUCCCUGCUCUCACUCUUCAAAAUGGCUGAACUAUAUAGGUUCAUUUGGUUGAAAUGCAUCAUUUGGAAUAAAGUAAAUAAGAAAAAGAAAAGACUGAAAAUUUCAGUUUGAAAUAUUUCAUAAGAAAAUUAUAAGGAACUGGAUAAUUUAUCUUUUAGUUUGGAUAUGUUCAGCAACAAUACUGCUACCACCUUCAAGUAUUACAAUGUAAUUUAUAUUUAUUUUCUUUGAUUUUAGAAAAAAAUAUAAUUAGCAUUUACUUUGUAUCAAUUAAAAACCCUUUCCUUGUUCAGACAAAAUAUCAAGGUCAGAAACUAGAAACAACUGCACACUUGUUUUUCAAAUGUCUAUUCAAAAGGCUUUUUCUUCUAAGACCUUUCUCUAAGCUGUGUAAUACAAAAGUCCAGAAGGUGGCAGCAAAUAUUCUUCCUUACAAGAAGUAAACUGUCUAUUGCAAGGAAAGCCAAGAUGCCUAUGGACAAAUAAGUUCCAGCCAUUUGCUUUUUCUAGACAUAGCUGUAUGGUACUUUGAUAAUAUUAUAUGGAUAAAGAAUAAAUGAUAAUGGAAAGCACUUAUUUUCUUUCAUUUACACAGAUGCAAACUGAGCUAACUGAAUAACUAAUUCAUGACAGUUUAGCAGCACUCUCAUGUUUCUUUUCCAUUUUGCAGUAGUGAAGGCUUAAUUAUAAUAUCUUACUUUUCUCCUCUACCAUUACGUGACAACUAAAAAGACUUUCUUGUCAAAAGCAGAAUUUGUUACAAAACUUAUGUAAGAUAGUUGACAAUAAUGGUUUCAUUCGUUUGUAUAAUAAUAAUGAAAAGACUAUUCUCACCUGAAGUAAUACCACAGUUAUAAACAAUCUAAACUUAGAAUAAAUGAGGCUCCAGUUCUAAAAUUCCCUAACAAUUUUUGAAAACCAGCCCCGGUAAGGCAGCUUGGAGGAAGUUAGGAUCAGACAUGAACUAUGGGAUUCUCAUCUAUUGCUAGUCUCAGUACAGCCACUGACAAGAAUUUAAUUGUUAUAAAGGUAAGAUUCUCUGCCUCUCCAGCCACUAAUAUCCCAAUUCACCAAAACACUGCAUUUCAAAUUUAGCCUGCUAUAAAUUAUUUUCAGAGUUUCAAAUAAACAAGUUUUUCCCAUUUUAUUUCAUUUUUUUAAUAUUUGUAUAGCUGUAGCUGUAGCAUUUACUGCAGAGCUGGCAGCAUUUCAGAGAGGAAUGAAAUUUUCAUUAUGUUAAGUUUAAAUUGUAAAUGAUUUGGGAUUAAAAAAACUACAAGAUUAGCAAUAUGUCUCCCUUCUAUAUGCAGUUCAGUUUAAAAAUCUGAAGUACUUGUUUAUGUGUAAAAGAAAUAGAAAGAAGGGAAGAAUUAAGAAGGCAUAAAAAGCAAGCAUUAGUUAUUUUGUCUUGCUAUUUCUCAGUGGUUAUGUCUCUAACUGCAGUAGCCAUUACAAGCCCACAGAAAGCAAAACGAGAAAUGCUUCAGACUGAGCUUUGUACAAAGGUGGUUAUUUUUUGAGAUAGCACAACUGUUUUAUCUGCUCCCCUUUUUCAUGUAAACAUUAGCCAGGCACUAGUGUUAACUCACAGUUGAACAUGUUUUGAUAUAGGAUUAAGGACUGGAUUAAAAGGAGUAAAAGAAAAGAUAAAAGGAGUAAAAGAAAAGAUAAAACUGCCUUAAUGACUUAGACAACUAAGUGACUGAAUCAGGUGGGAGUCUAUGUUGCAGAGAGUUUCACUAACACAUGGACUAUUAAGAGUCCAACCUACUUGUGAAAAGAAGUCUUGAGUUUUCUUGACAAUUUAAUAUAUGCCUCCUUAACUGCUGAAAAGGCAGUUUCAGCAUGCAAACAUAUCAACAGUUUUUCCUUGUUAAGGAGAUGUGCUAGCUGAGACAGAAAAAGAGUUAUUGUGAAAUAAUUUCCCUAAGUAGUAUUUUGUAUUCCCCAUUGGUCUGUAAGACGAACAAUAUCUUUCAGACUCUUGCCUUUAAAGUUUGCACUGUUUUAUGAAACAAAGUAUUGCUUUUCUUGUCUCUCAGCUUUCCAGAAUUAUCAAGAAAUUUGAAAUAAGAGUAAGUUCCAAUUAACUGAUUUUUCUGGAUGAUUGAUUCGGAUAUUAUUGAAUCAAAAGUACACAUUCACACUCCUGCUUAUAUUAAACAGAUCUGUAUGUGCACACACCUUUUAUAAGUACUGUGUUUACAUUCAUUUGCUUAUAUACUGAAAUAGUUUCUUUUGGAGAUUAUGUUAUGUUCAUUUUAGUUUAUGUUAAUACACAAAAAUAUCAAAGAUGCUUGUGGUACAAUAAAUGUUUGCUUCAUUGAUCAGUUUAAAAAUAGUUUUCAUUUUAAAAAUCAAUGUUACCUAAAGCUAAAGUUUAAUCUGUUUGCAUUGACACCUGGGCAGUCAGCACCUGUUAAAUUCUGAUUGCAAUGGACACCUCUGAACUGCUUUUACUCUUCUUGACAUCCAAGAAUAACUUACCCUUCAAUCAUUAUUGUAGAAAAGAUCUUUCUGAAAAUAUUCCCACAGGGCAAUAGAAACAAAAAAAAACCCAAAAAACCAACUGAUGUCUGCAUGGGGUUCUGGUUUGUUUUGCAGGAUAAUAUUUAGAGUACUGGUACAGUAUUGUAAUGCUUUUUUUACAACAACAUUACAGUAAUACAACAUGGAAUAGUUUAAUAAUUCUGGUAGCAUAUUACUCUUCUUUCCCCUCUCCCUUCAUUUCUGGGAAGAAGAAUGGAAAAUCUCUACCCUCUUUUUAUGAUCUUCUUCUAGCUUAAGGGAGACAGGGGUAGAAUAGUUAUUUUCUAUUUUACUCUGUAUUGCCCACCAUCUCACUUAUGAUCUGGGGUUUGUGCAUUCAUUUGAGUACAUGCUUGUUGAAAGAUGUAUCUCCAAGUAUUAAAUAUGAUGGCAAAAAACCAGAAAGUAUGAGUACGUCUUGCUGCUGCUGUCCAGUAAAUGAUUAAUGAAUUCUAGUGGAUAAAUAUUGCCUUAAUUCCAAAGUUUGUGUUAGUUUGGAGGGGCUGAACACCAAAGCAGUGAUAGAAGUCCAUUUAUCAGUAUAAAAUACAGAUCCACUUUAAGUUUAGAAAUGUUCAGACCUAGGCUCUCCGUCUAGGAACACCACUGUAAAUAAUAAAAAUUAACUGCAAUGAUAAAGGCAAUACUGAUCAUUUCUCAGUUUCUGCCUUUAAGAUACACUCAUAUUUUAGCAAAAUCAUGCUUUUCUACAAGUGCCUAAAACCUAUCUACCAUAGAGUGUGAAAAAAUGUGGUGAUAUUAUAUAUUCUGAAGCCAAAGAUUAUUCAAUUUCAGAACAAAGUUGGGAUAGACAGAAAUAUUCUUCUUUUAAACUCAAUAAAUUAUUGCAAAACUGUGUCACUAUGCAAUGUGCAAAAAUCUGCUGUGUAGGGUGCUAUUGGAUUACUUUUAUUACAACAGAUACUACCAUAACAACCUUAGCAGUCAGUAGACUCAGAGACUAAAUUCCUGUUCCUUAAGGUAAGCACUGAGGUAUUACAGCACACUGCACGAAUCUGAUACAUUUUCUAUAUUUCUUCCUUGGGUGAUGAAAGAAAUUCAAUAACUUUCUCUGAAAGAGACAUGAAAAUCAGAAAAAUAUUCUGCUAAAUCCAAAGGGGUAUAACUGCUUCAAGUAACCGCUUUAUAUAAAUCAGUAGAAUUGCUUCAGGCCAAAGCUGGUAUUUAAUUUUCCCAAGUUUAUUAAAAAGAAAAUUAAUAUAAAAUUUUGUUUCAUUCUCUGUGAGCUUAUGGGAAUGUAGAUGAUGAUGACAACUCCUGUUUAUUGUAGAAGACUGUAAUUCAAAACAACUAAGGCUCACUAUCUUGUCACCUUCUUGGAUCUUCUGAGUCUUCAAUCCCUCUUCUGCAUAGUUAUGACAACCAUCCAGAAGGAAGCAGUCCUUGCUUCUCUUCAGUGAUACAGAUCUUAUUGGAUGUGUUCACUGUACCCAAUGUACCUAGUCUCCAAACGAGAUACUUGGCAUCUAACAAAGUUGUCCACUGCAGAAUUCUUUGGAUAACCUGGUCUGUUCUUCCAUCAGAACAAAGUCUCUCAGAUGACCCUAUUAAGAUGAAGUCUAGAAAUAUGCAAGAUCCAGGAGGCCAAUAAAAAAACAUAGGUGUAAGCUACUCUGGCAAAUUGAAAGCCAGUGCAUUCAAAUAGUACCUUGGCAAAAUGGACAAGACUUGAAAGAAUCACUCCUAUCUUGGGGUUCUGAGGUAGAAAAUGAGAAUAUUUAUCAGCUUUUGCAGAAAGAUUUUUUUCCAGAUAAAUUAGGACAAUGUCUCACUGGCCAGGUUACCUGGCAAUCUGUAAAUCAAAUUCCAUUCAAAAAAUCAAUGACAGAUGUUUUCAUCUAUAGAUGAAAUCACACCUAUUUAGAGCCAAGGAAAGUCAUCCUUACAUAAUGUAACAUUCUUUUCUUCAUGAGAAAGUAUGAACUGUUUAGAUUCUUACCUAGCCAUUUUGUCUCUGAGAGCCUGACUACAGUUAAAAACAAAACAAAGAACGAAUACAAGGAAUUUUAGUAUAACCAAGCUCAUCCCUAAGGCACUAGUGAUGUUCCAGUUUGCUGACUGCUUAUCUUCCUGCAAGGCCUAACAUUCCAGCCAAACACAGACCCAUGCUGUACAAAAGCUAAUAAACUGAACAGAAUCUCAUACAAAAGCGGAGAAAAUAUUUUUAUUUUCCUAUAAGACCAAAAUCUUCCAUAUCCAAAGUAUUUCACUUCCCCUUGUCCCACAUAAAGAGCAACUGGAAAGAUGUAAUACUGUUCUCCAGAUUAUCAGUAUUUGAGUCUGCUUUUUUACAAAACCCUUAUAUGCUGAAUUUAUCAUUUGCACAAUGUGCCUGACGCUGUGGAUAGAUAUGAUUUGAAGUUAGGUCUUAGGUCUUCCAAAUUAAGGACAUAGGAAAUUCUCAAAGCAGUGAAACACUCCUUGCCAAAUCUGGUUGUCAAGACUGUGUGCUAGUUCCUGUACACUGUAUUGUUUGAUUCAUACAGAAGGUUUUUCUAUUAGGUCAUUUUAGCUCUCUUCUGCCAGUUCCCUUUCUUUGCCUUAUAUGAUAACAAAGCUAUCCAUACAAUAGUUUCCAUCAUCAUAGAAUAAUAUCUUACUUUUCAUUAAUGACCUUGAUUUUCGCUUGAAUCUGCUCUACCACCUGUACUAAAAAAAUGCAGAACUCUCCAUUAUAUGAAUAUUCAAUUUUGUCUACACUAUUUCUGUGUUUACAAGUUGAACUUCUAUCUUUGUAUCAUAGUAGAAUGGCCUGUUUUGUCAGACAAACAAUGAAAUGCACUUGAUAACUCACCAUUCUCCUGCUCUAUUUCUAAUGGUUAGGCCAAAAAGAUACUUCUGCAACUUGACGAACUCUGGAGUUUUUCUCUAAACAUUACAGACUAUACAGUAUCUUCAUUUGUCUUGAAAUGUCAGAUAUUUUAUGUAACACUUCUUUCAAUGGUAUCAUUUCCUUCUGUAUCUCUAGAGUCCUACGAACUACUUGUGGGACUUGGAACUGGAAUCUCCAUUAAACAAAGGGGAAUUUUUCUCUCUGCUCAUAGACGAUGUUCUAGAAACCUCUUGAGAACAGUUAACACACGUAGAUACAUUUGAUCAACUUUUUAAUCUCUCUGCACAACCUUCAAGUGGUUCAAGUUAUCAGAUUAAUUUCUAAUAGAAACUGUAUCUAAUUUUGAAUAUUUAUUUUGAUUUUGUCUGUUUUAAUAAUACAUUCUUGCCAAUAAUUUUUUAAAAAUGCACUAACCAGGCUUGCAGAAUAAGCUCUUUUAUGUGGAUUUAAUGAAGAAAGCAAUUGCAAUACAUUAGAGGAAGGAGAAGUAU